AUGACGUCUAGCGAUGUCGCCGAGGAUUUCGAGAAAAACUCGCCUUUCCUCCCACAGAAUCAAAAUCUUCAAAUAAUAUGCAGCAGGAAGAGUUUUUUACGGACGAAGAAGAGGAAAAACAAUUUAAGAUGGCGACUUGGGGCAAUACUCGUCGCUUUUGUUGGCUCGAUUGUUCUCUCUGCAUAUUCAGUAAAUCUAUCACUUGGACAUAAUGUCGCACCGGAACAUAAACUACGAUACGCCCGAUCAACGAGCGAAAACGGCAAUGGAACUUCUGAAGAAGCUGGAGCGGAAUCAAACUCGUCGGAAACCGAAUGCGUCGAGCCAGCGAUGAACGAGUUUCCUAAAGAUGGUUUCACGCCGGAGCAGCGAAAAGGCGGCGCCGUUAUUAUUCACAUCCUUUUGUCAAUGUACAUGUUCCUUGGCUUGGCGAUUAUCUGCGACGAUUAUUUUGUGGCUUCGCUCGAGCAAAUUGUUGAGAAACUCCAAUUAUCAGACGAUGUUGCCGGUGCCACCUUUAUGGCCGCUGGAUCAUCCGCUCCAGAAUUAUUUACGUCGCUUAUCGGUGUUUUCAUUGCGAAAUCGGACGUCGGAACUGGAACUAUUGUCGGAUCCGCUGUUUUCAACAUUUUGGUCAUUAUCGGUCUGUGCGGCCUCUUCUGCACCGCUGCUAUUCAGCUUUCCUGGUGGCCACUGGCUCGUGAUAGCUCCUGUUAUCUGGUCUCUAUCGGCGUCUUGAUCGCUGUGUUGUAUGAUGGAAAUGUCUACUGGUACGAAGCUGCUGCCAUGGUUUCGUUGUACUUUUGCUACAUUAUCAUCAUGAAAUUCAACCAGAGCCUCCAGAACUUCGUUGUAAGUCUGCGCGGCAAAAAGCCAAAGGAAUCUACUGCCGACGAUGUGAACGGGGACGCCGCUGUGCCUCUUACGGCAAAAGAAUCGAAAGUGGAGCUAAAGCCGAACGGCAGCACAGUAGCGCAGAUCGACGUCGCGGCCGGACAAAACCUUCAGGAAUCUAAUGGAAUGGCUAAUGUCGGCCUUCGGCUGAUGAUCUCCAACAACUUCGCGCCUAAAACACGACUGCGCAUGGCCUCGCGAUUGCUGAUCAUGGAGCGCAAAAACAUUCUCGCUGCCAGAGAAGGUACUGGAGUCAACGGAGAAACGGAAAGAUACCUUUAUAGAGAUGAAAACUCCAAGCUCAGCUCAGUUAGCCUCCAACAUGAGUACCAAGUCAUCCCAUCCGCGGAAUAUCCCCAAACGCGGACUUCCGUAGGAAGUGAGCCCGAGGAGGAAGAUGAGGAGUCUUUCAUUCACCCCUUCAAGCCGCCAAAAGAUUCUUUCACGGAAUUCAUGAAAUGGUUCAUCUCCUGGCCCCUGCUCUUCCUUUUCUUCUUCACGAUUCCAAAUUGCAACAAGUAUCAAAAGUGGUUCCUCCUUACUUUCCUCAUGUCAAUCGUGUGGAUCACCAUCUUCUCGUAUAUCAUGGUGUGGAUGAUCUGCAUCACUGGCUUCACUUUCGGCAUUCCAGACACAGUCAUGGGCAUUACAUUCCUCGCUGCCGGAACUUCGGUUCCAGACACGAUCGCCUCCGUCCUCGUCGCUCGCAACGGAUAUGGAGACAUGGCCGUGUCCAACUCAAUAGGCUCCAACGUUUUCGACAUUUUCCUCGGACUCGGUCUCCCGUGGCUCCUCAAAACCACCAUCAGGCCGAAUGGUGGUGACGAAAAGGUGCAUAUUAACUCGAAAGGUUUACUGGCUUCGGUCGGUCUCCUCAUGUGCUCGCUAAUUGUAGUGGUUCUGGGAAUUCACCUGAAUCGCUGGCAAUUGACGAAAAAGCUGGGAGUAGUGAUCAUGUUCACCUAUGGCGUUUUCCUAGUUCUGUCAAUUCUGAUAGAGACGAACACAUUUAUGCAAAUUAACCCUCCGACGUGUGUCUAG